CCAGCUUUUGCCUUGAUUCGACCAAGGUCCCUCCUUUACUCUCAGUCUCUCUUUCUGCAAUACUGCUUAAUUCAGGUCUCCUCUUGUAGCCGACACGCACGGUAGUUUGUAGCUGGACAUGUCUCAGGCUGCUUCGCUACGAGAAGACUCAAGACAUCCACAACGUCAAGAUAGCACUGCGAGCGAUCUCUGGGAAGACUCGCUAGCGUACUAUAUCCAGGACGAUAUAGAUAUCAGAGAUGAGGGAAAUACGACGCAGGAGCUUCGUGCGCCGAACACUGCUACCCUCUACUCGCAACAGAACCAUUCGGUGCCAAAUCUGGGACAGCAGCGUCCUCUACCGCCUGAUCUUCAGAUCGAUCCCUUACCCCCACCUCCGCCAUAUGAUGCCACCGCGGCCCUCGACAACUUUAGGGCACUCUAUGUCAGCGAUCCGGUGGCCCGAGGUGGGAGUGCGAUGGCGUUUCGUCCCCCGCCUGCCGCUGCAGCAGACCCCGUACCACGUGCGGGUACGUCCAUGUCCGUGCGCCCCAUGUAUCCCUUGCAAGCACAUCCCAUGCAGUCCCCAAACCGCCUAGGGCCCAGUCAACCACAUCCUCAGACACAUCCACAGGCGUAUACACAGUCACACCCACAAACACGUCCACAAGCAUACGCGCAGUCAGGCCAAAUACCUACCGACCCAUACUCCCGAAUACCGCAGGGCCGACAACCUGAUCAGUUCAGUGACGCGGCUUCCGUUCGCUCGAUGCGCAGCGUAAACAGCCAGCGCAUGGGGGACAGCGAUACUGCUUCCGUAUAUCACGCUGAUCCCAAUGGUGGGAACCGUUCGAGCUCGUAUUCUUACGACGAAGGGGCUUAUCACCCGCAUGGUGCGCCACGAGGGUACCCACAGCAAGGACAUCCACAACAUGGCUACAUGCAGUCGUCAUCUCAGCCUGCUAAUUCACUUUACGCCGCUGCCUCAGACGUACUUGGCAUGGGACCGCCUCCAGCUGCAACACCGUUGAUACAACAACAGCCCAUGCAACACCCACAAUACACCGGCAGUUCCAUCUCAUUGGCCUCCAGCCAGUCUUCUGGCUACGUGUCUACCCAAGUUCCCGGCCAGUAUCCUCCUUCACAGAGCUACCCUACCCAACAACCCCUUAUGCGCGGGUCAUCCGUAUCAUCGACUGGCUCAGGCUCAUCUAUGGGAGGCCAGCCGCCGCCCAUGCCGCCGACCAUUUCAGAAGAGCCCGAGAUUGCGCCCCGCCCGUCUAUAGAACGUUCGGGCACCUUUGACACAGUGGCUCUGCGCACCCAGAAAACAAAGGCAAUCGACCUCAGCGCACCUCUGUAUACGAAACAGUACAUCGACGAGUACCGCCAGCGUAUCAAGGAUGAUCCAGACACCGAGGCGCACUUCCGGUAUGCAAAGUACCUCAUCGAUGCAGCGCGGAAGGUCGGCGCCGAUGCUAAAGACCAGCGGUCGGUAAAGAAGUACAGGGACUCGCUCAUUCAGGAAUCGCUAAAGGUCAUCCGGAGGCUCGCUACGCAGGGCAACGGAUACGACGAAGCUCAAUUCUUCUUGGCCAACUGCCACGGCACUGGUAUGCUCGGCCUGCAAGUUGAUCACGAACGGGCGUACCACUUAUACCUGCAAGCGGCGAAACAGAAUCAUGCUGGAGCAUGCUACCGUGUCGCGGUCUGUAACGAGAUUGGCGCGGGUACGAGAAGGGAGCCAGGUCGUGCUGCGGCAUUCUACCGCAAGGCGGCCUCCCUGGGCGACACGGCGGCGAUGUACAAGCUCGGUGUCGUUCUACUGCGUGGUUCACUUGGCGAGCAGCCGAACCCGCGCGAUGCCAUCGGCUGGUUGAAGCGUGCGGCAGAGCAGGCUGACGAGGAGAAUCCACACGCACUGCACGAGCUCGCACUGGUGUACGAGAAUCCGAAGUCAGGCAUUGUGCCGUACGACCCGCUGUAUGCAAAAGAACUUUACGCGCGCGCAGGCCAGCUGGGCUACACACACUCACAGUUCAAGCUCGGACAGUGCUACGAGUAUGGUGCACUGACUUGCCCCGUUGAUCCGAAAAGAUCGAUUGCGUGGUAUACCAAGGCGGCUGAGAAGGGUCAUUCCGAAGCGGAGCUAGCUCUGAGCGGAUGGUACCUCACUGGCAGCGACGGUGUGCUGAAGCAAAGUGACUCUGAGGCGUAUCUCUGGGCGCGGAGGGCGGCAAAUAAGGGUCUCAGCAAGGCUGAAUAUGCGGUGGGCUACUACGCUGAGGUGGGCAUUGGUGUCAAACAGGACGUUGAAUUUGCCAAGCGAUGGUAUAUGCGAGCAGCAGCUCAAGGAAACCGUCGCGCGAUGCAGCGCUUGACGGAGAUGAAGCGAAACGGCAACAAGCGUGCACAAAUGGCACGGCCAACCCGCCAGGACGCAAAGGAAGAGUGUGUGAUUGCAUAGGGGACAGAGUGUUGAGCGUGGAUGAGGGUCUGUUGGUGUUCGCCGCAUUGGCUGCUGUCGAUACCCGAGCGCUUCCUGAGCUAUAUAUUAUGCACUGCCAUUGUUUUCUCUCUUGUCUCUCCACCUCGUUAUCGUAAUGGAAGAAGCGCUCGGUGUGAGCACUGUGUGCACU